ACGGGGCACGUCCCCGUCCUCGCUCUCGCUGGUGUAUGUUCUUGUCUUCUCACUGGGGAGCGAGGGAUCCGGGACAGAGAAAUGGGAUCGACGGAGGCAGAGGUCAGAUUGGACCUGGCUUUGUUCACAGCGCGGACCGUGGCCGGUUUCCUGAAAGCGGCGUCGGAGACAGAGAGCGGAGACACAAGGGUGGCGAGGCUGGAGGAGUCAGUGAGGAGCCUGGAGGAGGAGAGGAGGAAGAUCGAGGUUUUCAAGAGGGAGCUUCCUCUGUGCAUGCACCUGCUCAACGAUGUGAUCAAGGGGUUGGAGAAGGAGCUUGAGCAAUGCAGAGGCGAGAGAUAUGCGCGUGUGUUCGGAGAAUUGAUCCCCAUUGGGCGAAAAUUCGAAGAGGAGGAAAAGAGGGUAAAGCCGGAAAGGGGCGCCGUCGAGACGAUGAAGUGGAUAAGUUAUUCUCAGCACCGGAUCGAUAACUCCGCCAGAAACGAUCGUAGGGAUGAUGAAAUUGAGAAGGUUGAGGUGUGCAGGAUAAUUUUUUCGAGCGUUUUCUUGCAAAAAAUGGUUCUUUUCUUGUUUCUCAAGUUAAUCUUCGGAAUUGUUCGUCCGCAGGGCAGUGGAGAUCUUAAUCGCAAGAAAAAGGAGAACUUGUUCCUGGAAUCGAAGAGAUUGAGCGGCGGCGCCUUUGUGCCUUUCAAAGGUCCAUCCACCGUCACAGUGAAUUCCAAGGAGGAGACGCUUGACUUUCCAGAGAAAUCCACUCAUGCCUCAGCAACGGAUAGCGGGGCUCUUUCUCUCUCCGCCGUCAACGACGGCCACCGUGUAAGUAGCUCCACGUCCAAGGGCGUCAGAAAGACCCCGUUGAAGACGGACGACCACCCCACUAGCUCACAGUCACAACAUCAGGCACCGAGAAAAGUGCGGCGGUGCUGGUCACCGGAUCUACAUCGCCGCUUUCUUUCCGCCCUCAAACAGCUCGGCGGAGUCCAAGUGGCUACUCCUAAGCAGAUCAGAGAACUGAUGAAGGUGGAUGGCCUCACCAAUGAUGAAGUGAAGAGUCAUCUACAAAAAUAUAGAUUGCAUGCAAAGAAAGUAUCCACUUCAGAUUUGGAGAGCCAAUCUAUUCCAAUAAUAGCAGGUGGUGUUCCUGAUGCUGAAGAGCGACACAGCAGUUCCUCGCGACCGAGUGUUUCUCAAUCUGACUCUCCACAGAGUCCUCUUCAGCUCACACUGUCCAACACCGCCGGCAAUUGUCUUGAGGAAGAUGGAAAAUCUGAGAGCUAUAGCUGGAAAUAAUGCUAUUUACUAGUAAAGAUACUGAAGAACUAGGGUAGCUCAGGUGCUGUUAAGGCUACUUCUGCGAGUUGUGUAGAGAGCUCUCUAUUUUUGCUGAUUGAAUGUAAGAAAGAGGCUAAUGUGAUGAAUUGUAUGACAUAGAGAUCUUGAUUCAUCUGAGUUUCUUACAUUGGAAUUUGCCUGUUCAA